AUGGCCGAACCGGUUCAGAUUGAACACGGACAUGCGAAGUGGCUAUUUAAUAUUAACGAAGCUCUGAACCGUGAUAUGAUCAAUCAAUACAGAGUGUUUAAAGAAGAGUACCAAAUCUGGUGUGAAAAAGAGGGUACCGAACCGAGAGAUCUAGGCUUGAUGAACUUCACCUUUAAGGAAAAGAAGAAGGAAUCAGAAAAUCAGACCGAGACGACAAAAGACAAGUCUAAGACAAAGAUUGAAACAAACACCAAAAUGAUAAUCGGAAGUUUACCGACAAAUGACAUGACAGGUCUAUCCCAAUAUUUCCAUGAUAUCAUGAUAAAUAAAAAUAUUCACAUGUCCGUUUCAAUUUUUGAUCCUACUUGGAUUUUGCAAGAUGCUCUAUUCAUGAAAACCCGAUCUACUAAGACAAGCUGUUCGACGAAUGUUAUAUCAUAUGUUGGGUUACCUUACGUAAAUGAAUACCGCCUUACAUCAAAUGAAUGGUCAACAAGAUUCAAUUUAAUGGUAAAAUAUCAAGCCGAAAAAUAUGAUAUUUUAGACUCUCAAAAAGACUCACCGAUUGCACCUAGAUUACGUUUGCACAAAGAGAACGUAUUACAAAUCCAAGUUAAAAAUUACGGGAAAUGGACCCCGGCUAUGAGAUACGACAUAGCGCACCGUCGUAACGUUUGGGAGAAUAGAUUACCUGACGGAUCAAUGGCGGACGUAGGUACCUUGAACGUAGAGUUAGCGGAGAGAGCUAAGGAAGAUGCGAAACAUUUUAACGACUACAACUAUGUUGACAACCCCUAUGCAUUUGGAAACGUCAUGCAAAACAUCAGUCCUUUGAAUGGGGAAACUUACCCUCAGCACGCCUCAUGGGACUCGAAUCAUGCUCUUAUCGACACACAGGCAGAGAUGCUGACAGGCAGGAACUUAUCAGUAUCUAAUAACCAACCAGUCAAUCCAGUAGUUGGUAGUAAUUUAUCAGUGCUUGCAAAUGGAAAAGCGGUGAAAUACAAAGUGAACAAUCCUUACGGGAAUGCGCACGACUAUUCAAAUAACGGAUAUGUUAGUCAACCCUACUAUAACUCGUCACCAUUCUAUCAUAAUCAACACACCUUCAUGCCAAAUGUUGGGAGUAAUAGAGGUGGUAGUGGUAAUCGAGGUGGGAUGAGAGGUGGUAAUCAUAGAGGAGGUAGGGGUGCUGUUACGGGAAGAGGAGGAAAUUUGUGUCCUUCAAUCGGACCAGGUAGCUUCGAUAAGUCGAUAGGAGCAAGUGGGAGUAAAAAUGCGGAAGGAAGUGGAAAUAGUAAUUCAGCUUCAGGAUCAAUGUGA